AUGCCUCCUCAGUGUCUCUCUGUGUCUCGUUCCCGGGGUCUCUCCCAGUCAGGCGCUCUCCACCUCUCUGUGGGUCUUUCUCUUUCCUUCCGCACCUGCCUUUCCGUGUUCAGCCACCCUCUGCCACUCAGAGCCUUCUCCCCUAAAUCUCUCUUAUUAUUUACUCUCUUGUCCGUUCUCUCUCUCUCUCUGUCUCUCUCCAUUUUCUCUCUCUCUAAAGCAUCCUUCUCUCUAUUAAGACCUUGCACCCACCCCCCAUUUCUCUCUCCCUUUCUCCCUUUCUCUCUCCCCCCCACCCUCGGUCUCUGUCUGUCUCUCCCCAUCUGUCUCUCCUCCCCCUCUCUGGAUGACUCUGUCCCUGUCUCUUCUUUCCUUCUGUUAUCCCAUUCUGACCCCCCCAUCCUCUCCCUUACCCCACCCCCCAUCUGUCCCCCAGUCUCUUGGUUUCUCUCUUUGUGUCUCUGUCUCUGUCCCCUUCUCUCUCUGGAUAUUUCUCUGUGUGUGUGUCUCUCUCCAACUUCCUUCUGCUACCAGCCGCUGCCUCCCCCAAAUUUCUCCCUCCCCCAUUUCUGUUUCACAGUCUCUGGGUUUCUCUCUUUCCGCUUCUCCUUGUCUCUCUCUGUCUCUCUCCCUCCCUCUCUGGGUCUCUCUCUCUCCUUUUCCUCAGCUUCCUUCUGCCACCCAGACCCUGCCCCCCAAUCCUUUCCCUCCCCCCACCUUCUCUCUGUGGCUCCCCCAUCCUCAGCGGCUCCCCUCCCCCCUCCCUCCUCCCUCCCUCUCUCGUCCUCCAGCUCCGCACUUUACCCAGCGACACGAGAACCAAAUUGUCUCCUCACCUUUUUUUUUUCAUCCCGACCCCCACUCCCUUGGGGCCCGAGCUCAGAGCUGCCCCUCAGCAUCCCCUCCCACCUCAACACCCUCAAUCCCCAUCCGCCUCCUCAUCUCCACCCCCCCAACCAGGUCGGACGCCUGGGUCCCUCGCUGCUGGGGGAGGGGGAGCAGUGAGAAGUGGGAGCCACAAGGGUUUUUCUGGGGGGGGGUGCAGACAGGGGGGCUCAUCGUCCCCUCCCCAGUGCAUCGGAGAGUUGACCUAUCGUUAACAGAGCCGGCGCCCAUGGCCGCCCUCUGACCCCCUCCCGGGCCGCGCCUCCUCCUCGCCGCCCCCGCGCAGCCCGGCCAGCCCCGGGCCCCCACUUCUGCCUGCGCUGUGACCCCCCC